GCCGCUGACGUAUGCCUGAAAGACAGUACAAAGAUUCUUAUAUGAAGUAUUUACUCACUGAACCUCUUGUCAUCAGUUUUCUUCUUCCAUGAAAACGAGAGUUGCUUGACAAUAGCAAGAUGGAUAGAGCAAGUUUUAAAAAGCUCGGAGAUUGUUCGUUGACUCUGGCAGGUCUUGCGGGAUUACAGCUUCCAUGCUUAGUGUCUGCAGCAUCGCCCUCAUCUCCCCUGGCUAAAUUGAAGUCCCUUGGUUUCCCGUUCAAUAUGUCGGCAGGAACAUUGAAUGAGCACUUCUCUUUUUCUCCUGAAAACCUGCUUCAAGGACGAUAUCACACUCUUGUAACGAAUCUUUUUAACCAUAAUGAUGAGCAACAUCUAUUCAACAAUAUGACUGUGCUUAUACCAAAUGGAUACCAUGUCCAUAGACGAUUUGGGCGUAAGCAUCUAUUGGCGGCAUUCCUUGGGGGAGGUAUUGCUGGAAAUCUCUCUCAACUUUGGUUUUACAUUUUCCAUCAGAUCCAGUGGGGGGCUGUUUUACCGUCACCAAAGUCUUGGGGUAUUCUUGGCGAUUUUCUUGGAAACAAAGCUGAAAUUUGGCAGAAGUUUGCACUGGAUAAAGUUUUCACUUCAGUCCAUAAAACAACACCAUGCAGGGGUGCUAGUGCUGCAAUUUCCUCCAUUGUUGCUAUCGAGACUUGUGCCAAUAUUGUUUCAUUGUAUGACAAGUACAAAGAACUAAGAAGACGACGGGAACUAAGGAUUGCAGAUGAUGAAUGGGAUAAUCGCAUGAUGAAAGAAGUGCUUUAUGAAGUAUGCCAUUUGUGGUUUGUGAUCAGCAUUUUACUGGCUGAUUUGAUCCCCUUGUUUGACAGUACAAGGACUAGUAAAGGAGUCUUUGACACUCUUGUUGCCUACUCAUCAGAUGGGAUAGGCCAUGCCGCACAUAUUGGUGGCUUUUUAUUUGGCAUGGUCUAUUAUUUGGUUGUGCUAUCAGGUUACAGAAGGGACAAUAGGUGAUAAAUGUGCAUGACAUAAUAAUGUCAACAUCUUGGGAUCCCCAUAGAAGUUGCAGUCAGAGUAAACUAAAGGAGUUCAUAAUUUACAGUAAUAUGGGAAAGAGAGGGAGCUUCCUUUCCUCCUUGAACUUAGCCUGACUGAGUACACAAAACUUGUACGACAAAGCUUGUACUACUUAGUUGCACUACUUGAAAAGUCACAUUCAAGCAUUUCUUCCAGACUUCAAAGUUAAAGAGUGUUGAAAAUGUCUGUCUAACCCCAGUUGAAAUAGGCAGACUGAGAGCAGUCUGCUUGGGAUAAGCAUAACCAGUAGCAUAAAAUAGCAGGUACAGUGGAACCCUGCAUUACAGUCACCUUGUUAUUUACAGUCACCCCAUUACUACAGCCACAUUUUUUGUCCCAGCGAAACACUCGUGCAUUUUCUAAAGAGAAAAUUUGGUUAAUGUGGCCAACCUGUUAAUACAACUUAUGGCCACAUUCUGAAAUCCCAACCUUUGUUUAUAAUUUACCCUUUUUAUAUGGCCACUCAAACUAGUUACGUUCAUUUUUCCAUUGUUAUUAAUUGCAUGUAGUGAGUGAAGUUUAAUUUGUUUUUAAAAUUAUACCUGCAUCACAGAUAUGUAUCAAAGAAUAGUUGCUCAGAAGUGCAAUUGUGAUAUAUCUGUUAAGACAUCACCCAAUUUAGACCAGUCAUGAAAGUUGACACUACCCCAUUAA